CCGCCCGAGACCCGUGCCCUCCUCCGCAGAACUCGCCCGUGGAAAGGGUGGCACCCACCGUCCAUCUCGCUCCCAUUACUUCCCGGCUCGAGAAGUGGUUUCGCGGCCGCUGUGCGCACAUUCCCUGUUGACCCGGGUGUAUGUGCAUGCGCGGAGCAGCGGGUGGCAACCUGUUACCGGGACUAUAAUGCGAGCGCGAUGAAGAGUUUGUGAACUGCGCCGGAGACUAUCUGCUCCACGGAUUGUAAGCGACCACUGCGUCGUUGCAAGCUGCAGGUGCUACAGGACAGUACUGUGAACAUUGUGCAAAGAUCUUCCAAACAGAAAGAAAACAGGUUGGGAUAUUUGGUUGUCGCAAGUUUGUUCAGACAAAAAACAAAAAAAAAGAAUAGUUACCGCUAGUGUCGGGAGAAAGAAGCUCACUGCAUCUUACGCAGCUCUUCUAAAUUUGUGCCGAGCCUUUUGCUUGAAACUUAUCAAGACGUCGUUGCCCUUUCCAGUACAAGAGCAAUUGAACCUGUAAUAGCACCGCGGGGAUUGUGAACUAGUGCUCCGUUGUUUGCGACAGACGUCAUCCGCAUCCGCUGUAUAAAAAACGUUCUGUGGGUUGCCGCUGCUCCAAGUUCACCGUUUCUCCGAGUUCACCGAUUUGCGAACAGAAGGAGCUGGACAAAGAACGCUGUGCAAUCACAUUUUGAGUUGUGCUACAGUCUUUUAGUUCUCUUCAUUUUUAGCGUAUCCUGGACAUAGCGAACACCUUGUAAAAUAAGUAAGUGGAAACGCUGCUUCGUAAGGAAACAAGGAGGGGCAGAGAAAGAAAAAGACCAGUCAGGCUAUUUCAGGCGGCGAACUUAGCGUUCGGGGGAUCCCACUUUUUUGCGGUAACUCGCUGCCGGCGGUAGGCACCCACGUGAGCUGCCCUCUCUGAGGAGCGUAUAGUCCGAAGGGUGGCGAACUUCGAUGGCGGGCAGGCCGGACGACCGGCUGACAGCGACCCCCGUCUGAUGCCGACGCCGUAGUGCCAUGGAACGCGGACGCCGCAUCUUCGGAAUCAUGGGCAAACGGGCGAGCAAGCUCACCAAGGACGAGAUCCGGGAACUCGAGGAGUCCACCUACUUUGACGCAAAGCAGCUACGAAAAUGGCACCAGGAAUUCUUAAAGGACUGUCCCAGUGGCUUCAUGACCAAGUCGGAAUUUCGAAAAAUAUACGGGCAGUUCUUUCCGUGCGGAGAUCCCACCAAGUUCGUGGAUUAUAUCUUCAACGUGUUCGACGAAGACAAGAAUGGCGUUAUCACCUUCAAGGAGUUCAUCCGAGCCAUUUCUAUCACAACAAAAGGCAACAUCGACGAAAAACUCAACUGGGCCUUCAACCUGUACGACCUGGACAACGACGGAUUCGUGACCCGAUCCGAGAUGCUGGACAUCGUGACGGCCAUAUACGUGCUGCACGGCAAGGCGGGACUCACCGACUCGGAGGCCGCCGGCGCGGAUAACCCGCGCAAGAGGGUCGACCAGCUCUUCGCAAAACUGGACACCGACGCUGACGCCCGCAUCAGCCGCGAGGAGUUCUGCGAGGGUUUCAAGACGGACCCCUGGAUCCGGCGCGCCCUGCUCAACGCCGUCUCCAUGCCGGACCAGCCCAAAAGCCUGCGCAGCUUCUCGACCACCUCCUCCGAAUGACCCGCCAUGGCGGCUCACCCGCCUCCGCACGGCGGGCCGGGGUCCCGAUCGGCCGUCCCGGCUGCGCAAGGCCGCCGUGGCUGCGACCGGCGUAGACAGCGCCGAGUCUGGCCCAGUGCCCAGCACGUGGUCGCGACCUCGGCACAGCACCACCGGCGUACGUCAGCGGGCGCCGCGUCCA